CCAAACUCCUUCUCGUGGGCACGCGCCAUGAGUGCAAGGAAGAAGAAGCAGCAGCACGCGGUGAACGCGGCCGUUGACCGUUGACGCGGCCGUUGACCGUUGACCGGGCGCAUCUUUUCUUCAGGUCGCCGAAAUCAUCGCACCCGUUGCGUCGCCUUCCCCGCACGAUGAGCAUGGUCAGCACCCGUCGCCCUGCGAGGUACGUCCGGCAGGAAACGAAUUCGACCGUACACGUCGCCGGAAGCUCUCUGGGAGAGACGGGGGAUUCCCUCGACUACCUUGUCAUCUGCGCCGUUAUAAUUGUGGCCGUGUUGUUGAAGAGAGCGCAGCGCCAGAUCCACGUCCCGUACACGGUGUUCAUGUUGCUCGCUGGCGUAUGGUUCUCCUACCAAGACCUGCAAACCCAGGGCAUUGGGUCUAUGUCCAACUGGUUGCGAAAGAUCAAGUUCCACGUGAUCAUGGUGUUCGUUCCGGCGGCAACGGUCUACGCCACUCAAGGGAUCAAUCAUUUCAUAUUUCGAAGGUGCCACCGGGAGAUCCUGGUGUUCGCCGUGGGCACUCUCGUCAUCAGCACAGCGGUUUCAGCCCUGUACGCGUACAGCUUCCUGGGCCCCAUGGACAUCAACAACUGCCUGCUCUUCGGCAUCCUGCUCUGCUCCAAUGAGCGACUGCCCAUAGCUGACGAGUUGUUUGAGGAAGGCCGAUAUCCGAUUCUGACGACCAUGCUGCAAGCAGAGUCUAUCCUCAACAACCUCUUCGUCUGGUCCGUUUUGGACAUCAUCGAGGCGGAAGGAAAACACGGCCUGGCGACGAUACUGAACCACCUGCUUCUGUCGCACGUGGUCGGUGCCUUGGGCGGCGUCGUGAUGGGCGUCUUGGCCAUAUGGUCGCUGCGCGUGGCCCCGCAGAGCCAGAGCACCAACACGUACCUGCACAUUUGCCUGACGUACGCCACCUUCUGCCUGCUCGAGGUGAUGGGCACGUCGGGCGUCGACGGCGUCGUCGCCUUCACGCUGGUCACGACGUCGCACCGCCUCGUUGCCUGCACCGAGCUCGAGGGUCUGCUGCACAAGUACUGGUCCACCAUCUACGACGUCUCUGGCUUCCUGUCGCUCUUCGUGUCCUCGCUCUACACUGGCGAGCUGCUGCUGAUAUUCUUCGUGAACGCCGCACUCCCGCGGGUGUCGCUCGCCUACUGCGUGCGCACGCUGGCACGGCUGUUCUCGGUAGUGGCCAUGUUCCCCAUACUCGAUCAGUUUGGCUACCCGGUGUCCUGGCGCCAAGCGGUGGUCACGGUAUGGAUGGGGCUCAAAGGGCCGCUCAACAUCACCAUCGUCACCUACCUCUAUCACUACCAGUCGACCCUCAACGUAGACUACGUGGGCAGGACGUUCCCAAACAUUGUCUGCGACAUUGUCCUGACCCAACUCAUUAACGUCACGCUGUUGGAGUACAUCUUCAAGAUCUUUGGAGUGCUGGAGGUGUCCGAAAUAGAGAAGCGGACAAUGACAAGCGCCGUGACUUACCUGCGGGACCACGUGGUGAUGUCGAGCCGAAUGCAAAAUAAGGACUCCUACUUUUUGCCGGUCGACUGGAAGUGGGUGAUGCGGCGCACGGUGAUCGCCAACCCGUUUGAUUCCGCGCCGAAACCUUGGUUCGACGUCUCCAUGAAGCGUAGGCCUAGCGAGCGGGAGUCUCAGAUUCAAGCGGAACACUUUGCCGUUGAGAACGUCCUAAGGAUUGAGCAGGUGAGCUACUCGAGGCAGUACCGGGAGGGGAUGAUCCAGAAGAGCACGAUGAUGACGCUCCUGGCCGCGCUGCAAUACCCGUUCGACAAGAAAGUCUACAUGGGUGCAGACACCAUCGAGUCCCUCAUCGACAUUCCAGAGUGGAUUAAGUGGACGAAGGAGCGCCUGUCCGUGUCUAGCUUUGGCGAAGACUUCAUGGACGACACGGAGUCCUUCCAGAGCAACCUGGAGCACAACCUGCAGGAGCGCGUCAUCGACAUGUUCGAGCACCAGUACUACGAGCUGGUCAUCACCAGCACGGCGCUCACGUUCCUGACGUGCCUGCUGGGCGUGCUGCUCAACACGCCACUGCCGGUCAAGCCGCAAUCGGAUGCCAUACUCAUCAUCGAAGGCGUCUACAUCAUCCUCUUCGCUGCCGAGAUUACCACCAUGAUUACAGCUUACGGGCACCGCUUCGUGCGGCUGGACAACUACAACAAGCUGGACCUCGUGCUGCUGGCCACGUGCAUCUUUGUGUUCAUCGUGCAGUUCACCAUCUACUUCCUGGCUGGUCCCGGUGGCAAUUACCACACCAUGCUCACGGUCACCUUCAUCCUGGCCGUGUCGGUGCGGCUCGUGCACGCCGUCAAAUACAUCGAGGUGGUGCAGAACUGGGUGAUCGAGGUCAUCCACCGGCACCUGGACAAGAUCAUCUACGCCGCGUACGAGACCUCGCUGGCCAUCAUCACGGGCGAGGAAGAGGUGCAGCAGAACGUCUGGAAGUACGUCCACUCGUCCGACCUGGCGCUGGAGACGCGCAGCCGCGCGACCAACAACCGGCUGCUCGUGCUGCGCAACCUGGUGGAGAUCCAGUCCCGCUUCCCGGGCAUCGCGGUGGCCUUCAAGAGCCGCCAGGCGGGCCAGACCAUCCUGAACGACGUGUCGGCGCACGUGGACGAGAUGCAGCGAGACGGCUUCUUCGCCGAGGAGCAGUACCGCGAGCUGUACCAGACGCUCAAGCAGAAGAUGAUGGGCAUCAUUUGCGCGCCCAACAGCCUUCCCGCCAGCUACAAGCCCAUCGCCGUGCUCCGCGUCAUACCCUGGAUCGGCUCCGACAGCGUGCGCCAGUUCCUCGCGAUGCAGCUCAGGCCUGUUGCCUAUGCAGCAGGUGAAGUCAUCGUCGACAGAGGAAUGGAAAGCCCCAUUAUCAUCACGUACUCGGGCAUCGUAAAGGUUGAGGGCGACGUGGAGUACCGAAGCGACGGUGCGCUGCCGAACUCGUCGUCCUCGCUGUUCUUCUUCAGCGACGAGUACUUCGAGGACUACUUGGGCGCCCCUGUCACGCUGGGCGCCCUCGGCCUGAUCACCGAGGAACCGAGCGUGACGCGGGUAUCGACCGAGACGGCCGUCAAUGCUUACGUCAUUCCUCGGACCCGCGUGACAGAGGCCAUACAGAUAUUUACCAAGCCUCCCAGCUUCCUGUACCAGAUCUGGUACUACAUCGCGAACAUCUUCGGGGUGCUCAUCUUGCAAACACAGACCAAAUACCAGACUUGGCCCGUGGAGAAAAUAAAGCUUCGCCUGAGCUCAUUCCUGCUGCCGGACCUGUCCAGCGCCCACGACUUCCUCGUGAGCCCAGACAUCGAGGACAUCCUGCUCAUUCAGGGCACGUUGAUCGACGUCAACCUCGGCGACCUCUACGUGGCGCCUGCUUACAUUCCUCGGACGGUGAAGAGGUUUAUUUUCCCAGGCGAUUUCGCGACCCGGCCCCGGCCGGUGAUAGUUGUUAUCUCGAACAAGCAGUACAAGCUGCCUCUGGAGUUCGACUGGCUUCGCCGGAUGCCCACCGAAGAAGAACGGCUCGCCGAGAUGGAGGCCAGUCGGCGAGGUGACAUCGCAAGGGAGCCGAGGUAUCUGAACAAGCACAGAAACACGGACUAAAACUUGCAAUCAUUGAAAAAUGUGACGUCCUCUAGACGUCACUUGGAGCUUCAUGUUGUGGCCCUCAUCAUGUUUUUGCACACGAUUGUAUGCGCACGCGAUUUGUAUAUAACUUCCACUAUCUGCUAAUGUAUCGUCAUGAUUGCUGCGUUUAUUUAUU